AUGCAACUUCAAAUCAACAAAGAAAGACAACAUUGGAGGCAAGUGUUAACAAGAAUAAUCUCCAUUGUGAAAACACUUGCUAAAAAUACUUUGGCCUUUCGAGGGGAUGAUGAGAAACUUUAUGUCGAGAAUAAUGGGCUAUUUUUGCAAAUGAUAGAAAUGGUUGCUGAGUUUGAUCCAGUGAUGGAAGAGCAUGUUCGGCGUUGUGAAGCAAGGGAAUCUCAAUAUACAUAUUUUAGUCCCAAAAUUCAGAAUGAAUUGAUAGAAACUUUGGCAAAUGAAGUGAAAAGUCUUAAUUUGGCCUUAGUUGAUAUGGUGGAAUGUUGUCCUAAAGCCAAGUCUUUCUUUGGAGUGGUGCAACGCAUCUACACAUUGUUUUCUUCCUCUACAAAGAGAUGGAAAAUUUUUAAAGAUAAGAUGCCUGGUUUGACUGUUAAGCCAUUGUCACAUACCCGUUGGGAAAGUCAUUAUUUAAACUUCAAACGGUCAUAA